GAAGGCGUCAACAGAACAGCUAAAACUCAUUCUAACAAAAAUGUGAUAACAAGUGAUUUCGGAAAAGUUCUAAUUUAGUUUUGUUUUAUGCGAAUUUCAUUCAGGAAUAUACCAAUGAAGUCUUCAAAGAGCGCCGCCAACAAGAAGUGCAAACCGAUGGAUUAUACAAACUAUGCCUAUAAUGAGGCUGUUAGCCGGCUAAAGUUAAUGUUGGCCGAAUCGUAUGCCCCGCCCAGAAGUGGUAGUGGCGCCGGCUUAGCUGCGGGCGGUGGUAGUGGUGCAGCAGGGGCGUAUUUGCGGCAUGGAAAUGAGGAUUCCACGGAUAAUUAUUCAGAUAAUUUGUCGGUUAUCGAGCGUCCUAUUUAUUCGGAUAUUUCGAAGUACUUGUCACCAGCUCAAAAGUCACGCUUUAGCCCGGGUAUUCGCACAAAACCGAAACCUUACAAGGCUUUCUCCUCCUCCAAGGAUAAUUUGACACUUCAAAUGCCCUAUACGGGCAGCACUACCACCGCAACCGUUCCACUGGAAUAUUACACAACCAGCAAACCACAACAACCCGCCGCUGAUAGUGUACAUGCGCCUGUGGAGAUUUUCAAUUUCAUCGAGAAGCAAGAGGAUUACAUUGAACAACUGGAGAAAGAGUCCAAAUACUGCCGCAAUGAGUUGUCCAAUUUGCUUGGCAAAGUCAAAGACGUGAUCAACGAGAAUACGCACCUCACGGAGACCGCACGCUCCGAGUUAGCCACAUUGAGCUGUGUCGAUAAGACACUGCCCACAACAAGUCCCUCCUCGGAUAGCGAUGAACGGCAGCAAUACAAGAAGAAGGCUUCCACUACACCGCGCAGCAAGAAAGACUCUUCCUCUGGCACAGUGAAAUCACCUCGAUACGCGUCAGCACCAAAUAUCGUCUACGAAGCGCGCAUAAGCGAGCUCGAAGCAGAGUUGAUGCAAUCAAAUAUCGAUUUGAAACGUUUGAAAACGGAAAAUGAAGAGCUCAAACGCAAAUUGGCACACGUUGACCCACUAGUGCUGGCUGGUGCCCAUGCAGCCACUCCAGCUACUAACUCGUCGGCCGCUAAUUGUGACGCGCAUCGCAAACAAAUCGACCACCUGCAGCAGGAGAAGAAUGCGCUCGAGGAUAGCGUGCGGCAGCUGCAAAAAAUGUUGGACGAAGCCAAGUCGCAGCAGUACCAGAGUGGUGCCUCGUCCAAGCGUUACAUCAGCGAUCUAGUGCAGAUGGAGCGCUCACAGGCGGAGUUGGAGGUGAAGCAUCUGCGCGAGGAGCUCGAUCGGCAGCAUGAGCGUGUGCGCGAGCUACAGCAUGAGAUGGCGCGUCGCAUUGCCGAUGAACGCGCCAAUGCCGAACGACGCUACAACACGCAGGUGGAUCAAUUGGGCGGCGAUCUGAGCAAUCAGUGGGAGCAGGUGGCCAAAUUGCAGUUGGAUUUGGAACGUGAGAAACGUUACGCAAACGAUCUGAAGCGCGAUCUCUCGAAUCGCAAUGCGCAGAUCGAUGAGCUGAAGAUGGAGCUGCGUUCAAAUCGGAAUACUUUCUUGGCCGAUAUGGCGCAAGCGAAUGCGGAGAAGCAAUCCUUGGAGCAGGAAAUCACUUCCUUGCGGCUGCAGUUGGAUCGUGCGGCGCGUGAGGCGAAAACUGAGGCGACGCGUCUGACGGCCGAGAUCAGUUCGUUGCGACAGCGUUUGGAUCGCGGCGAUGCCGAUUUGUUGCAUUCCAAGCGGGAGGUGCUGCGCCUGAAUGAUGAGAUUGCCAAUUUGGAGAAGGAGCUGGCCUACGGUGAGAUGAAAAACGAAAUUCGGCCCACUAAAAAAGAUUUAGAUAAGCGUAUGACCGAGAUGCAUGAUAAGCAUGCCGAAACCGUAAAUGAACUUGAGAAUAUGAUACAGAAUCAGAAGCAACUCAUGGAUAAAUUGACUAGCGAAUGCAAAACGUUGACGAGUAAACUCGAGGAUACAGCUAUCAAACACAAAGUGGAAAUAUCAAAUUUACAAUCGAAUGUAGAAUAUUUAAGCAAUCGCAUGUUGAAUAGCGAGCGUAUUGGAAGAUUAGACAGUACACCAAUUUCAUACAGUAAUCUCGCAAGCAGCAAAGCCACUCUCGACUACAAGCCGACCACAUUUGGUACAGUCGACAGCACACGUACCGGUGUUGAUGACUACUCCAAGUCCUCUCCGUACAAUUAUGACUCCAUACUCGGCAAGUCCGGCACAUCCGACACAUUCGGCGGCACCGCUACUACCAGUAACAACAGCAACACAACACCCGGCACUACCACCGCCGGCUCCUUAUACAACAAGCCCGCUUACGACCGACCACCCACCGUUAGCGGCGAUGCAAACAAUGACUACAACUCCAGCUAUAACAACAAGUAUGGUCUCAACGAUCCCGAUGACGAAAAUAACAAGGACAAUUUGGGAGAAGGCGAGAAGAGGCGCAACAACAAUGACAUCGUCAGUGGCAGCAACAUCGACGGAGCAAUCAGCAAUGCUGACCCAAUCAAGUCCGACUACGAUUACACCAAAGACUAUAGCAAAGACUACGACAAAGAUUACACCAAAGACUACAGUAAAGAGUACACCGCUGGCGACGUCAACACCGGUUCCACUGCGGCAGAUUUAUCGGGCAGAGCCACCGACCCAAACGUGGCCGCUCCCAUCACCGGCAGCAACAAUGACUACAAUACCGAUUACAGCGGCUACGAGGGAUAUGGACAGCAACAAUAUGAUGCCAGCGCAUAUGAUGUAUCCGCUUAUGAUCAGUCCGCCUACGACGGCAGUCAGCAGCAGUAUGGCACAGCAGGGCAAUAUGACACUAGCGGACAGAGCGGCUACGACACCAGCGGAGGACAAGGCGGCUAUGCUGACUACUCAGCUACAGACUACGACCAGUCCGCCUACCAGUACGAAAGUACACCCGCAAUGGCUGCCAGUGGAGAAGGCGCAGCAGCGACAGCGGCCAUCGAAAAUAUCAAAACACCACCGGCAACCACCGCUGGCAGCAGUGGCAGCGGUGGCGUCGCGGCAGCGCAUCAGCCGGCUCACCAGUCGUGCCAUCUGCCAGUGGAGUCCCCACGAACGUUGCUGGCCGCGCAACAACGGAGAGCCGCAAUCAACCUCGAACGGGCGGUAGCGCUGUGGGGCCAGGAGGUUCCAGUGGCAGCGGAUCAGUCGGCGGAGGAAAAUCCAAUCUGCCACAACAGUCUGCCACGCCCGCCACCAAAUAGUAGUUGCGCUGAGUGGGUGAGCGAUGGUGUGAGUCCGUCCAGUGAGCUAUGCGAUCCAUUUGAGUUGGAGUUUAGCAUAAGUAGUCCAAGUUUAAUGCGUUCAUUCGGUUCAGGUUCAUCCUGUACUGAGGUGGAAAAUAAUGGUGAUUUCGAUUCGAUUUCUGAAAUGAGCAUAUCACCGGCGCAGACGGCAAUUAGGCGGAUAACAGUGAUGGGUGCUGAGGCGGAAGAACGAGCGAUUAAUGCGAGUGGUGGAAAUGGAGUGGCGGGGCAACGGAAAGCAGAAAAAGGGCGAACAAUUUAACGAAUGUAUCAGUAACAAUAGUCCUAAAAAUUGUAUUUGUAUGCUUAAGAGUAAGCAAUUUGUAAAAAGAUUAGCUAUUAAUGAAAUGUAUAACCUUAGAGUUAAAUAGCAUGCGAUUGGAACAAAAUUUAAUUUAA